AUAUACAUGCGAAUUAUUCGCAGUCGAACAUUAUAAAUUCGAGUACUGAACGCUUUUCAUGUUUUGCAAGCGCAUCCAAUUUUUUACUUUAUUCUUAACCAGCAAAGUGCAAGUCAAGCGUAACUAUUUAAAUUUAAAAUUUAAAACAUACAUCCCUUAGCAAGAGUUCGCACAAAGAUGGCGAGAAUGGUUUUUAGGAAAAUUAUUUUUACCCUGGUCUUGCGCCUUAGUUGUUUAUCUUGUGCUCCACUCGUAUUGGAAAAAGAUGGAGGAUUUGUAAACUUUGAUAAAUUCAAUCGGAGUGAAUUUCCAACAGUUCAAACCUUAGACCCUGUGGGGGUGGACAUCUUUUCAAGAGGGCGUCACGUGGUGUCCAAGCAGACAAACACGACCGUCUAUGGGGAUUACGAUUCAAAGGAGGUGCCAACUUUGGAUUACGUAGAGAAAACUGCCAAUCCUGGUUUGCACCCCAACGAUCAAAUUUACACAACUCUUCUAAAUUAUAUUACUCAACGUGGCGAGAAUUAUGGCAUUUCCCGGGAUUCUGGCAAACAAGGUGGCAUGCCAAUCAUCAACGAUGGGCCAGAGGAAAAAAAGGUAUUCCCAAGAGUCCUUGGCAAAACCACUGACGUAAACCUAACGGGUUUACGUCAGUGGUUACCAUCUUAGCCGGGGUUGGAAAUCCGGCUAAGAUGGAACCACUGAGGUCGCGGAUUGCGAAUUCUGUCUCAAACCCACUAGACUGUCGUCCAGUCGAGUCAUCCUCGUCGAUAAUAGACAAAGCUUUGCAUCAUAUUCUUACCUUGGGUUUACCGCCGACUGUUGUGGAAAGUUAUGUCAACCCAAAGAUGAAAAACAUUAUCAUUGGAUUCGUUGAACGUGCCUUUAUAGUCGACGGAACUCAUUGGGCAGCAGCAGCAACUGUAUCGGACUUAAUGGAAUCAAUGUAUGGAGGGAUCUGGGGCUGUGUAAUUGGCAUAAAUCCGUUAACUAUGCGACUAAUGGGUGGGAGAGAUUAUAUUGAGCUGGCCUUCGGGGAGGUCGUCGUAAUUGUCUUUAAGAGAAAUUGAGUGAAUGAUAGCGGGAUAUUCGGAUUUGGCAGGUAGUAAGAAAGCAGAAAAUUAUGGCGAUGAUUACUUUUAGAUGAGUUGAUUAAUUUUAUAUACCCUUUAUUUAUAUCUAUGCACAUAUGUACUUGAAGAUGGCGCGGAGAUUUUAUAAAUAAUUAUAUUUCUUUUUUUGUGCAGCGUUGGCAUUGUAGGUUUCUAAAAAUUAUAUGACAUCUGUUUGCAUAAAUCUUUACACCAGCAUGAUUGCUAGGCAUAAGGCAUAAUUACGUAAAAGAAGAUUUACAAGCAAUAUUAAUUGCAAGCAUAUCUACCCCGUGAACUCAUUUUUCGGCAACAUGAGUAUUUUUAUAGAUUGUUUUGGAGCACACGUAAAUAAUGAUGAAUCUGUGUAAAUGUUUAAGAGCUUUGUUCGCAGUUUGCUUGAUGUUUGUAGAACGCAAUGAAUUUAUUUCUUUUACGAAAGUUAUUUACAAUAAAAUUUAAAUAA